AUGGCGCCCUCCUUUCACACGGGAGCUCAACUGGGGGGCCUUUUGCUGGGUGCCCUGGGCUGGGUCCUCUCCUGUCUCAUCAACUACCUGCCGCUUUGGAAGAACCGCAACCUGGGCUUAAACGUGAUGGAGAACUGGACGCUGGGGCUUUGGCAGGCGUGCGUGGUGCAAGACGAGGUGGGCUGGCAGUGUAAGGCCUUCGAGUCCUUCCUGGCUCUGCCGGCCGAGCUCAGGCUGGCCCGCGUCCUGAUGUUCCUGGCCAACGGGCUGGGCUUGUUGGGCCUACUGCUGGCCGGUCUGGGCCUGGACCAUCUGCGCAUCAGAGAGCGGUCCCCUGAGCUCAAGAAGCGCCUGCUGGUGUUGGGGGGACUGGUGCUGGGGGCAGCAGGUGUGGCGGUGCUGGUGCCCGUGUCCUGGGUGGCCUAUGGGACUGUGCAGGAAUUCUGGGACGAGGCUGUGCCGGACAUUGUGCCCCGUUGGGAAUUAGGAGAUGCACUUUUCCUGGGCUGGUUCGGGGGACUGUGUCUGCUCCUAGGAGGGGGACUGCUUAACUGUGCAGCCUGCUCGGGGCCAGGGACCCCCGAAGCCGGCCGUUACACUGUAGUAGAAGCCAGAUACUCAGGAGAACAGGUGGAGAUGAAACCAGCCUCCCUGAGCAUCUGA